AUGGUAUCAACUUCGACGACACCGUUCGCUUGCAUUGAUAAGUACAGUGCUAUGCCAGGAGAAAAUGAAAUCCUCUUUUCAAUGCAUACCGUAUUUCGUGUUGAUGAUAUUAAACAGACGACAGCGAAUAAUGAUCGUCGUUGGGAGGUACAUUUGACACUUACGGAUGACAAUGAUCCACAACUUAUUGCUCUCACCAAACGCUUAGAAGAAGAAAUUGAUGGCAAGGAAUGGGAUCGAAUGGGUAAACUUAUGCUAAAAAUGGGUCAAUUCAACCAAGCUGAAGAACUCUACAACGAAUUACUGAAGAAUUCUUCCAAUGACAGCGAUAGAGCUCAUGUCUAUAGUCAACUAGGAGAUGUGAAAAAGAACCAAGGACAGUACAAGGAGGCAAUUGAUUUUCAUAAGAACUCUUUACAAAUCAAUCGAAAAACUCUGACAGACAAUGAUCCUUGUUUGGCGAUAUCUUAUAACAGCAUUGGUCAAGUGUAUAAUAAAAUGGGUGAUUACAGCAGAGGACUUGAAUUAUACCAAAAAGCACUCCAUAUCAGAGAAAUAUGUCUGCCUCCAAAUCAUCCAGAGCUGGCCACAUCUUACGACAGCAUAGGUUCGGUAUAUGAAAGUAUGGCAGACUACUCCAACGCAAUCUCGGACUAUGAAAAGUGUCUUGCUAUACGCAAUAAAUCGCUACCUCCUAAUCAUCCUGAUGUAGCUGGUUCUUACAAUAAUAUCGCCGGAGUGUACGAAGCAAUGGGAGAUUACUCCAAAGCACUCGAGUGUUGUAAGAAAGGUUUUAGUAUUUACCAAAUGGCACUACCGCCGAAUCAUCCACGUUUAGCUGUUGCUUAUGCCUGCAUCGGUUCCGUCUAUGACAGCUUAGGCGACUACCCAAAAGCACUCGAGUACUAUGAAAAAGACCUUAAGAUCUGUCAGGAAGCAUUAUAUCCAAAUCAUCCUGAUUGGACGAAUUGCUACGGUAACCUUGGUUCAACAUAUGAUAAAAUGGGUGACCACUCGAACGCACUUGAAUUUUAUGAAAAAGCAAUCGAAGUCCACAAGAAAACGCUGUCAUCAAGUCACCCGAACUUUGUAGCGUGUCAUAGUAAUAUUGGUUUGACAUAUAAGAACAUGGGUCAGCAUAAAAAGGCUUUAUCACACUACGAAAAGGCAUUGAAAAAGAUGAAUGAGUGUGGAUCUAUGACGAACAAACUCGAACUCGCAACUAUAAAAAACAACGUUGGUUCAAUACAUUUUCUUAUGGGCAAUUUUCAGAAAGCACUAGAGUUUUACCAGGAAGCACUUACGAGCCGUGAAAAAGUACUGAGCCCACAACAUUUUGAUCUAGCAGCUUCUUGCAAUAACUGUGGUGCAGCUUAUACGGAAUUGAAUGAACUAAAAUGCGCUGAUGACUUUUACACCAAAGCACUUAACAUUUACGAAAGUAACAAUGUCCCAAAUCAUCCUGGGUUGGCCGCUUCCUACAAUAAUAUUGGUUACCUAUACGAAAAAAAGGGUAAACAUACAAAAGCACUUGAAUAUUAUGAAAAAGCUCGUCAAAUUCAUGAAGUAAUCCAUUCUAAUCAUCAUGAUGUGGCUACAAUCUACGAUAAUGUCGGCACAAGUUAUGACAGACUCGGAAAUGAUUCAAAAGCCGUAUCCUUUCACGAAAAUGCAAUCGCCAUUCGCCGGAAAGCUCUCUCAUCCGAUCAUCCAGAGCUAGCAGCUUCCUACAACAACCUCGGUAAAGUUUAUGACAAAAUGGGUCAACAUGAUCGAGCAGCAUCGGUCCUCCAGCGCGCACUUGAGAUCGGUGAAAGGGUGAUGCCUUCAAAUCACCCCCAUUUGGCUGUGUGCAGAGAGAAUCAAAAUUAUGUUAGGAAGAGAAUCUAGUGCCACUGUCACAGUGAUGCAACAGUUUGAAUAUAACCUAAGAAACACAUAUUUGCAAGGCUCUGAAAAGUUAAAUGUUUCAGUACAAUUCCAAUGAAAAAUUGUUCUCGACUACAGUGACGGGUGUGGAUGUGGAUAUCGAUGUGAAGCUAGCACGACGGCCAAUCAGGAGCGACUUUCAAAUCGACCAAUCAGCUUUCGAGCAUAAUUUACCAUUCACACUCCACGAAAUACCAUACAAAACUACCUUAGCAACCACACUAUUUUUCAUACAACCAAAACAAAAAUAAUAAUCUUUUCAAAACGAAUCAAAACAAGUUUCUCAAACACAUAAAACAUCACCUAUAU